AUGCUUUCUCCACCUCCUCCGAUAGUACCGCCUGCUCUACCGACUUCACUAACAGUCGCUAGUAUCAAUACAACACGUUACAAUAUCACAUGGACUCUCACUCACACCACACCCGAUCAACAAGCCUCCACCCUGUUCAUUAAUUACCGUCUCCCAACCGUCUCCUGCCAUCAUUCAGGUAACAUGGUGCCCUCCUCAGUCAGUGAGAUCUUUGUUUUUGAGGUGGAGCCUGGUAAUGAUUACACUCUCUCUCUGACAGCUGCCAAUGUGGACGGGAGUGUCAGCACUGAUCCUGUAGUGUUCACCACUCCUGCAGCAGCUCCCCUCAUCAUCUCUGCUGAUGUUCAACGUCUCAACUCGACUGCUUUAAGCCUCACCUUUGACCUGCACUACACUGGAGGAGGUGACAUCACUACCAUCUCUUUAUCAGUCAAUGGACGUACUUUCCCGGUCAGUGACGUGCGAUCAACGUCCCGGAACACAUUGACGGGAAUGGUGGUCAGUGACAAGGUCAAGAGUUUGGAGUAUUCGACUGACUUGGAGUUCUCUGUAUCUCUCACAAACCAGCGAUCUCUGACAAUGGCGGCCAGCACUAGACAGAGCUUCAUUCUCCCUGGGGCCCCGACUGUGCAAAUGUCCAUCACGGAGACCUACAUCAUUCUGCAAGUGACGCUGUCAGAAAUAGCCACAGAGCCAAUAGAAUAUAUCGUUGUGGAGAUACGUGAUAGUACCCAACUAGUUGCUAUGAGUAAUCGUACUGGAGCAUUCUCACGAGGGGAGGUGGUUGAAGUGACUGUUGGUGGGUUGAGCCCGGGAACACAGUACACAGCUGUGGCUUACGGGGUCAACGCUGGCGGUGCGGGGGAACAAAGCAGUCUGUUUACAUUCAACACGGCUGACUCCAGCAUGAUACUGUCCCAGGAGGCCGUGAUAGGUGUCACCAUUGUGGGCUCGGUGGUAGGUACCGUUGCCUUGGUGUUGGCCAUCAUAGGCUGUUUCUACUGUAUCAGGCGAUGCAAGACCGGGGGAGGGAAGAAGUACUGCAUUGCAGAAGCAAUCGGCUUUACAAAUGGUCAGAAGAAUUGAAGUGAAGUUUGAAGUGAAGCCAGUUGAAAAACUUUAGCUGUAGAUAUGAAUAUUAGUAAUUAGAGCUGUGAUUAUAACGUUUUCAGGGAUUUUACUGUUUUUGGAUGCGAUA